UUGGAAGGUUUUUUGAGGACUCAGAGGGUGAAGUAUUACUUAGCGUUUUUUGCAGAUCUCGCGGCUGCACAUGCGACCAGACUUCCUCCUAUCCGACGGGCCUCAGGGUUCAAGGACCCGUUUUCUUAAUCUCUCAAACAAGCCGGGGCACACCGCAGAAGGAUGUUAUUAUCAAGUCAGAUGCACCCGACACCCUAUUAGUGGAGAAGCAUGCAGAUUAUAUAGCAUCCUAUGGCUCAAAGAAAGAUGAUUACGAAUACUGUAUGUCUGAAUAUUUGAGAAUGAGUGGCAUCUAUUGGGGUCUGACUGUAAUGGACCUCAUGGGACAGCUACAUCGCAUGAAUAGAGAAGAAAUUCUGACAUUUAUUAAGUCUUGUCAACACGAGUGUGGUGGAAUAAGUGCUAGUAUUGGACAUGAUCCUCAUCUUUUGUACACUCUUAGUGCUGUCCAGAUUCUUACUCUCUAUGAUAGUAUUAAUGUUAUUGAUGUAAAUAAAGUUGUGGAAUAUGUUCAGAGUCUACAGAAAGAAGAUGGUUCUUUUGCUGGAGAUAUUUGGGGAGAAAUCGACACAAGAUUUUCUUUUUGUGCGGUGGCAACUUUGGCUCUAUUGGGGAAGCUGGAUGCUAUUAAUGUGGAAAAGGCGAUCGAAUUUGUUUUAUCAUGUAUGAACUUUGAUGGUGGAUUUGGUUGCAGGCCAGGUUCUGAAUCCCAUGCUGGGCAGAUCUAUUGUUGCACAGGAUUCCUGGCUAUUACUAGUCAGUUGCAUCGAGUAAAUUCUGAUUUACUUGGUUGGUGGCUUUGUGAACGACAGCUUCCAUCAGGUGGACUCAAUGGAAGGCCAGAGAAGUUACCAGAUGUAUGCUAUUCUUGGUGGGUGUUGGCUUCCCUAAAGAUAAUUGGAAGGCUUCAUUGGAUUGACAGAGAGAAACUGCGCAGUUUCAUUUUAGCAUGUCAAGAUGAAGAAACGGGAGGAUUUGCAGACAGGCCAGGAGAUAUGGCAAAUCCUUUUCAUACUCUAUUUGGAAUUGCUGGAUUGUCACUUUUGGGAGAAGAACAGAUUAAACCUGUUAGCCCUGUUUUUUGCAUGCCUGAAGAGAUACUUCGGAGAGUGAAUGUUCAGCCUGAACUAGUGAGCUAGAUUAGUUAGAUCCCUUGAUGCAAAAGUUGCUUAGUGUAGUUUUACUGGUUUAACAUUUCAGUAUUUGAAGUGCUUAACAAACUUAAUGGCUGCCAUGUUAAUAUUUUGUACAUGAAUUGUGUUGAUUUUAAUAAAUUAUAUAAUUAUACAUAUUGUAAAUUAGAGACCUUUAUUGUAUCUUCAGCCUUCCGUUUUCUUCUGGAAUGC